CAGCCUUAGUAGGGUGGUUCGCUCCGGCAGUGCGGCGCUCGCGGGUUUCGGGACUGGCGGGGUUCCGACGAGAUGCUGGGGCUGCUUGUGCCUUUGCUGGCCUUGGCGCUCGCCUACUUCGCGCUGCUGGACGGAUGGUACCUGGUGCGUGUGCCGUGCGCCGUGCUGCGCGCGCGCCUGCUGCAGCCGCGCGUCCGAGACCUGCUGGCGGAGCAGCGCUAUGCGGGCCGCGUGCUGCCCUCGGACUUGGACCUGCUGCUGCACAUGAACAACGCGCCACUCGGGGCGCGCGCCGUGCUGGCUGCCUCGUGCGCGCGCUACCGCCGCUCGCUGCGCCUGCUCGAGCCCUUCGAGGUGCGCACCCGCCUGCUGGGCUGGGACGACCGCGCCUUCUACCUGGAGGCGCGCUUCAUCAGCCUGCGCGACGGCUUCGUGUGCGCGCUUCUGCGCUCCCGCCAGCACGUUCUGGGCACCUCGCCUGAGCGCGUUGUGCAGCAUCUGUGCAAGCGCAGGGUGAAGCCCCCUGAGCUGCCGGAAGACGUACAGCACUGGAUUGCCUACAACGAAGCCAGCAGCCAGCUGCUGCGGGUGGAGAGCGGGCUCAGGGAUGUUGUCAAGGACCAUUGACCACUCCCUGCCUCGCCAGCCUUUACCUGGGGCAGUUGUCCUCCCAUCCCCCACCUGCCAGGGAGCGGAGAGUGCCGAAUGGGCUGGCCAGGCUGGGCUCUCUGAGCUUGGAGUAGCCUUGUGACCAACCCAGCCCCCUUGACCCUCUCAGCCUCCUUUCCCUUCCCCUGUUAUUUAAUUUAUUUAUUUUUAAAAAUAUAUCUUUAUUGAUUUCAGAG